UCCAGUGGUCGCAUCUCUAGAAUCGCCCCAAUCGACCCCAGGCACAAUAAUGACAAUACCGACAUCGAAUUUAGCAAUACGUAGCCGCGUUACAUCGUAGACGCCAGAUAGUUUAGUGGUUUUCGAAUAGACUUUUAUUCAUAAAACGGGGAAAUGGGCGAGCGCGAGAGGAUAACCAAGAACCCCAUCCGGGUAGGGUUCUACGACAUAGAAAGGACUAUCGGGAAGGGCAACUUCGCGGUGGUGAAGCUCGCCAAGCACAGGAUUACCAAAACGGAGGUUGCCAUUAAGAUAAUUGACAAGUCCCAAUUAGACGCCAGCAACCUACAGAAGGUCUACAGGGAAGUGGACAUAAUGAAGAGGUUGGACCAUCCCCACAUUAUCAAACUCUAUCAGGUGAUGGAGACAAAGAAUAUGAUCUACUUAGUGUCGGAAUAUGCUAGCCAAGGAGAAAUAUUCGAUUACAUUGCCAGGUAUGGUAGAAUGACUGAAGACCAAUCUAGAGUUAAAUUUUGGCAAAUUUUGUCUGCUGUAGAAUACUGCCACAACCGUAAUAUAGUACAUCGAGAUUUAAAGGCUGAAAAUCUUCUACUAGACUCCAACAAUAACAUAAAAAUAGCGGAUUUCGGAUUCUCCAAUUAUUACACCACGGGCGGGCAGCUCUCGACGUGGUGCGGAUCCCCCCCUUACGCAGCCCCCGAGGUGUUCGAAGGGAAGAAGUACGUCGGACCUGAAAUCGAUAUUUGGAGUCUGGGGGUGGUGUUGUAUGUCCUGGUGUGCGGCGCACUGCCCUUUGAUGGAUGUUCCUUGCAAGCCCUCCGCGAUAGAGUGCUGUCCGGUAGAUUUAGGAUACCUUAUUUUAUGAGCUCAGACUGUGAAUCUCUUAUAAGAAAAAUGUUAGUGCUAGAACCCAAUAAGCGAUUUAGUAUUCAACAAAUUAAAAAGCACCGGUGGAUGCAAAUGGGGGUUCCCCCGACAUUACCACCAACAAUAUCCGUUUCCAAUACACAACCCAACGAACAAAUUCUUAGACUGAUGCAAAGCUUAGGGAUAGACAGUUCAAAGACUAGAGAAUCAAUUCGUUUGGGAAGUUACGAUCACCACGCUGCCAUCUACUACCUUCUGUUGGACAAAUUAAGGAGCCAACUAGUGGGGGGCGAAAAUCAAACAGGUGUGAGGGAGGUGCAACGACGGAGGCCUUCCAAUGUCGCAGAACAAGCCAUGAGGAAGAUCGGAAGGGCAAGCACCAGUGAGGAUUGCAGGCGCCUCCUGCAGCACUCAACUACCGCCCCCACCGCAAGUAACAGCAAGAUCAGUAGCAUUCCCAGAACCUGUGAUUCUCCCCCCGCUCACGGUAUAGACGCCGCUAAAUUGCUAGCCGCAACUAACAGCGAAGACGCUUUAAAAAUCCUAAACCAGGCCUCCACCAAAACUACUUUCAGCAUGUGUAGUGAGGCUACUAAGCUGAUGUCUACUUUGCAAAUGUCAGCUAUUCCCUCAGCUUCGGCAGAUCCCACAUUGUUCAAGGAUUACAGCCACCAGGGUAAUCCUUAUGCCUAUGCACAGACCACCUCGGUCUGCCCGCAACCAUUUGAUAUUCACGAAAGUAAGGGUUCCAUAGGGAGGUUUAAUACCAGCGGCUAUAAAAGCAGUGAAAUCCAAACCCAAUAUUCCAGCUCAACCGAUGAGGGCGUCGAAACUGAUUUAGAAGACCACGGGCCUCGUUUGAGUUACGCCUCGUCCAGUUCCUCUAGCGGUGUCGUCACGAACUUCAACACGUCAAAGAGCCUUAGCCAAAACUUAAGUUGUGAUAGUAAUUUCGAGAGUUUAGAAUAUCCUUUGUCCGAAUCAAGUGAGUUGACUAGCAGCCUGCCCAGUUGUACUUCGACUGAAAAGCAACCCGAGCCGAUUAUCACCAGUUCCAGUGCUUUGAGCACUCACAACUACUUAUCACCUAGAUAUGUGCUCCACAAGCACAACCCAUUGGUUCACAUGUCCAGUUUGAAGACAACCAGAGGCGUAACGAGGUCUCCAGUGGAUUUUCGGGAAGGAAGACGUGCCAGUGAUGGUUUGGUCGCCCAGCAAGUCACCGACACCACUAAAGCUGUGGUCGCUUUCAACUCGCAGAAAUUUAGCGAGAAAACUAAAGCCAAGGGAGUUUUGGAUAUGCACUUGGUGCAAAGGGAGGCGCAGAGGUUACAGUCGCAGUACCCAACCAGGGAACCUCCUGAAGAAGUAUCACAAAGGCAGAAACAGCACAAUCAGUAUUUGCAGCCUAGAGGGAACAAGAGAGUCAGCCUGCCUGAUAAUUUUAGUUACACGAAUCCUCCUGUGGAGCCCAUACAGUUGCAAACGGCCAUGCAGCACAGGUUACUUCAGCAGAAACGGCAAAUCCUCCAGAAACAGUGUGCAAUGUCUCACCAGUCCACAACUGCCCCCAGUAUCGAAACUAGUCAUAGCCUGUCGAGGCGGCAGAUGCUACGACAGGCGAGCUACAAGAUCGCCCAACAGCAGCCCGUGCUACCUCCGUUACCCCUAUCGGAGAACGAGAGCAAGGACUUGCUGGCGUUCCAAGCCCUGGUGGAGAACUCUGGGGAAGCUUGGAACUCCCUACCUGGCAACAUGCAGAACUCCUGCCAGAUUUCCGAGCCGAUUUCGUUGCCGGCGCCAUCCUGGCAAACCACGAACUCGACGUGGAAUCAGGGACAGCAGUUCCCUGUAAAUAUUGCAGCGAAUGCCUGGCCUCCUUUGCUGCCGCUUAGGGAGAGCCCCAUUCUUGAACUUACUGAGCAAAUGGAGUCCAUGUGAACGGUUAAGCAAUACUGUUGUAUCUGUAGCCCCAGAAAUAAAGUCGGCGGCAGUGUUACGCCCAGGAGAUUUUGAAUUUCCGUUUAGAUGUUUUUUAUAACGUACAGGGCCAGCAAAUCUCUUUGCCAAAUGCAAAUAUAACAUUACAUUAAUAUAACAUUGUCUAAGAAAAUCCCUUUAUAUGUUAUCAUUCAUUUCGGGAUUUUUUGGAAACAAAAUUAAUAUGUAUUUUUAUAAACGGAAAAAGUCUAAUGCGUAAGAAUAUUGAUGUGAAAGUGGAAGAAAAAUCUACCCAAGCAGACACCGGUAAAAGUAGAAUAUACCAAAAAAAUACUGUGGAAAAUAACAAAAACAUAACAAAUUGAUACGGAGAUUAAUUGGCAGAAAUCUGUACCUGAUAUAUUUUUAGUUUUUUGCAAUUUGCAUUUCUACACCCUGUGUUUCGAAAUAAGAUGUCAAAAAUUCAGGUGCUGGUAAAACAAAAAAUUUGGACUUCCACUGACCAUGGACCUAUUACUUUUUUUGCUUUUAGGAUACAGGGUAUCAAAGAUUUUUUUAAAUCAAAAUUUUCAAUUAUUUUAGGUUAUGUCAGUGUUAAUAGUUUUCAACUAUUUUGUAGAGUUCACUAGAUGCAAUCGCUCCAACCGACAUUUUAAGGUAUAUCUUUUUGAGACUCAAAACUUCAACAAAAGUAGAGUAAAUGAUAUUUUGCAUGAUAAUAUACAUUAUACUGUUAACCUAACCUAAAAAAAGUUAUAUUCUAAAAUGUUGCUGUGAAAUGUUGUUUCCUGAAAAUGCGGUGGAAAAAAAAACAGAAUUUUUGAUGCUCUGUAUCUCAAAUACAAAAUAUUAAAUUUUUUAAAUUAAAAUCACUUUGUUUUUUCGUGUUAUCACUUUUUGAGUAUCUUGUAGAGGUUAGCCAACGUCUUUCCCAGGCAGUUUAUUUUUUUUUUCCUUUCAAAAAAUAGUGCAUUUUCAGUAAUAUCAACAACAAUAAAUUAUAUUUUACGUUACAAUAUGUAACACUAGAUACAAAAGCUAACCUCAAAAAAGUUAUAUUCAAAAAUAUUGCUGGGAAAGGACUGCACUAGGACUCUAGGUGACCUCUACAACAAAGUCCAAAAUUAACGAUAUUAAAAGUAUUUCCAGUGACGCAGGAGUCUUCUUGGAAUUCUAUUUCAACAAAA